AUGGACGCGGUGGACGCGUCGCGCGCGCGCGACGGCGACGACGCGCGCGACGGGCGCGCGAACGCGCGCGCGAGCGCGAAUGCGAACGCGAAAGCGAAUGCGACCGCGGGGACGUCGCGCACGGCGACGCGGAGCGCGUGCGCGUUCGUCGCGCGCGCGCAGGCGCUCGCGGCGGAACUGCUGCGAUUGGGAGAGAACGCGCCGAGGGCGCUGUCGCGCGAGGACUCGAAGUUCGCGAGGGUGUUGUUUGAUUACGAAUACUUCGACGCGCGGGAACGCGCGGAGGACGCGGCGGCGAGGGAUGGAUCGACGUAUGAACUCGACGAGGAGGUGCGCGGGAGCUAUGGACACGUGUUUGAACGGUAUUGGAACGCGUUCGACGCGGUCGUGCGGUGGCAUCAGGAUUUCGUGCGAUUCGCGGAGGACGUGGCGGAGGGGACGUACGUGAGCGAGACGUGGGAAAAGAUUCUGAGCGACGAGGACGGGAGGCAGUACGUGUGCGAAGCGAUCGCGAUGUUCGGGGUUAUUUUGAAGAUAUUAGAUGCAAAGUUUGAUUGGCGGUUUCGCGAGCGCAUGGUGGUGGCGUAUUAUCGCAUGAGAGGGGCGAGCGAGGACAUCGCGAACGCGGACGAAAUCGUGACGCUCUGCGCGCGGACGGGAUACGACGCCGCGCGGAAAACGCGACCGGAGGGGUACCCGGAGCUAUAUUUCGCGAGAUUCGAAAUGCCAGAGUGGCUUAUAUAUAUGGUGAUCGGGCGAUUGCGAACGGAUGACGUGUAUAAUCACGCUCCGCACUACCCGAAUCCGGAUCAUCGCUCCACCGCGCUCGCCGCGCAGGGAGGAUUGUUGUACAUUAUAUUGUAUUGGGCGCCCAAGAUCUUAAAUAGAGGGACGUCGGCGAUGAGAGAAAUCGUAGACAGACACUACGCCGAUAACUGGGUCGUCGCCUACGGCGCUGGGUUGACAGUGGAUUUGUUGACGGAAUGGGAACCGUACGAAGCGGCGUCGACGGCCAUGCGUAACGCGGUGACGCCCAAGGCGGCGAGGGAAUUGAUCGAUAACGCGUCAACGCGCGUCGGUGAAUUGAAAACGGCGUUCAAAACAUACCUCACCGAAGGUGUGCUCACCGAGGAAUUCGUUUUGAGCAAUGAAAAAGUGCUCAUGAAUGUCGUUCGCGACGCCAACGUCGUGGCGCGUUUCGUACUUCUACACAAUUUGACCACCCACAAGUCAGUAUCGUCCCUCGUUUCUUACAUGCCGAGCAAAGAAAACAUAAUAGAUUUGCUCUUAGAUUGCGCCGAAUUGGAGAACGAGUUGAAGAAGAUUUAUACCUCGCUCUUGAGCGGCAAGCACGAGCUGUGGGAAAAGUGCAAACACGAAGCCGGAGAACGAAUGAAGGAGCUUAGCGCGUAUUUCGGUGGUACCGCUGGAUUGAGCAGGAACGCGAAAGACGAAAACUUGCGGCUGUGGUUUGCGAACUUGUCUGUCGAAGUCGAACGACUUUCGUACGACGAUGCGGUGGCCGCCGGUAGAACCAUUCAGGAGCUCGAGACCGCCUUGACGGAAGUCGAGCAAUUUCAUCAAAUCGUCGACAACAUCCACGCCAAGCAGUACUUGCUCGAUUCCCGGGGAUAUUUGGGUAAGAUGAUGAUGACUUCAAACGUCGCAGAUUCCGCGCUGAACACGCUGACGAUUGUGUCCGACGCGGCGUAUGCGUGGCGAGUGCUCGAUCCGUACACGGAACAGCUGCAACAACGCAUUCGUAAAGAUCCAUUUGCGGUGCGAAAACUACGGUUCACAUUUCUUAAGCUGAAAAGCAUUUUGGAAAUGCCGUUAUUGCGCAUUUCGCAAAUGGAGUCGCCGGACAUUUACAGCGUGAGUGAAUAUUAUUCUUCCCAGCUCGUGAGUUACGUGCGAAGCGUUGUGGAAGUGGUGCCGAUUAGUAUGUUUGAGAUUUUGAACGAAAUCAUCGGCGUUCAAACGAACGCGCUGAAGGAACUGCCGACCAAGCUCGAAAAAACCGCGCUGAGCGAUUACGCGCAACCUGCUGAAAGAGCACAGCUUUCCAAGGCGACGUACGAAAUCUCCAUCUUUGCGCAAGGCAUUUUAGCCAUGGAGCGGACAUUCAUGGGGGUCAUCGAACUCGACCCUAAGCAGUUGUUGGAGGAAGGCAUACGCAAACAGCUCGUAAAACAAAUCACAGAAACGUUUCACACAGCUCUCGUCUUUGGCGAUGGCGCUAAAGACGCGCUAGGCUGGAAUAAUUUCGUGGCGGCUAUGAUGAAAACGAAUCCAUUUGAAGACCGUCUCAACUCGUUGGCGAAUCGGAUCGAAGGCUUCAGACGCUCGUUCGAGUACAUUCAGGAUUACGUGAAUAUUUAUGGGUUGCAAGUGUGGCAAGAAGAGACCAACCGAGUGGUGAGCUAUCACGUCGAACAAGAGUGCAAUAGUUUCAUCAAACGCAAGCAAGUCAAUGAUUGGGAGAGCGAAUUUCAAUCCGUGGCGAUACCCAUCCCAGAUUACCCAGCGCUCGAUGGAGAGUCAAAGAAUUUCAUGGGACGACUGUUGCGCGAACUGAUGAGACAAACCGAUCCCAAGACGACUCGAUACGUCUCGCCACACAGCGGAUGGUUCGACACUGAAGGCUCGGAAGUGGUAGGCAUCCGAACAUUUUCGCUGCUGACGUCUGCCGUCGGGAACGUGGGUUUGGCCGGUCUUGAUCGUCUUCUGAGCUUCAUGGUGACGCAAAAAUUGCAGAUGUGCAUCGAAUCGUACUCCGAACGCCUCAGAGGCGAUCUUGGGGCGACGAUUCGCGCGCUCGAUAACGCGUUGCGACCGCUAGGCUCCGUUCCUGAAGGUUCGAUUGAGGCGUACGAGCAAGCCAUCAGGGCGUCAUCUUCCGCGUGGGACGACAUGCUCGCCGCCUUCGCAACGAUUGGACAAGCGCAGUUGUUGCGUCGGCAGCUGAACGCCGAGCUCGUGGCAAACAUUCGCAUCGAUUCGCACACGUUGAGUCGCGCGCUGGACACGGCGAACAAGGCGAUUUUGACGGAUAUUCGAUCGCACUACAAGUCUCCAGACACCGUGCCUUAUCCCGACGAGGCCAACGCGAUCGUGCCCAAGCUCAGCGCCUACCUCUCCGCGAGUGGCAUGCAAAACCCACUGCGACAGAUCUACUGCACCGUCGCCGCCGUGGACGACGACUGGGGAUUGGCCGCGUUCGUCUUCACACUGACUCAGCUCGAGCUCUACCGCUUCGACGACGUCGCGUCGACGCUCGUCCCGAUCAACCAGUCGGUGACGAAACUCGACGCACACGUCCUCAUUCUCGCCGUCUCCACCACCCUACGCCAGUUCCACGCCGACCAAACGACGUCGUAUCUCUCUCAUCUCGGCGCGUUCGCGCGCGCCGAAAUCUCGGCUCGACGACCGUCUUCGUCGUCGUCCCCCGACGUCUUCGCCCCCCGCGCUCGCGCCUCCAUCGCCUGGGCGCGCGCCUUCGCCACCGCCCACGACGUCAACCUCACCGUCUUGGCCUCUUUCUUCCCUCCCUUCGUCUUCUCCCACGCUUUCGUCGCCUAG